AUGGUCCAAAAGAAGUUCUAAGGAAAGAUUUCAAUAUAGAGGAGUUUCAAGCAGAAAUGACAUCCUUGGGAUUUGGGGGAGUUAACGAGCAUUUGAAAGAUGCCAUUUGUAAAUUAAUUGUCCCUCUACAUGCCUCGGACUUUAUCAAGAGAGAUUAGGAUCCAACCGAAAAAAGGCCUUAUUAUUCACGGACCGCCUGGAGCAGGAAAAGCACUGGUUGCAAGACGCUUAUCGGAAAUUCUCAAUGCAAAAGUGAAGAUUGUGAGAGCGCCGGAGAUCAUAGGAACUCUUGUAGGAUCAAGUGAAAAGAAUCUGAGAGAUGUUUUUGCUCCAUCAAUCAAAGAUUUUGAGCAAAUGGGUGAAGAAAGUCCUGUUCAUGUAAUAAUAUUUCAAGAAAUUGAUGCCAUUGCAGGGAAAAGAGGAGCAACCUCGGUGACUGAUAGGAUUGUGAGCCAGCUGUCAACAUUGGUUGAUGGUUUUAACAGACAAACCAAUCUGUUGGUUAUAGGGACAACUAGUAGGAUUGAAUUGAUUGAUGAAGGCUUAUUGAGACCAAGGCGAUUUGAGUUGCUCUUGUGAAUAGAUCUACCAGAUGAAGAUGCACGGUUGAAGAUUCUGCAACUCAACUCCAAAAGGAUGCAGGGCCGGAUCUUUUUUGAUAACGACAUAGACCUUUCGGCCUUAGCUUCUACAACCCAAGGAUUUACCAGAGUCGAUCUUGAGGGUCUGUUGCAUUGGCUCGUAAUGUUGAAGGACGCAUGUUCAAGUAAGAGGAUAUUCAAAUUAAGAAGGUUGACGUCGAAAUUGCCCUUAAAAGAGUUUGGUGAAGAGUCUUUGAAAAAGUCUUUUGAAUAGGUGAGAGUAAAAGAUUAUUUUAGUGAACAGUCGAUUCCCAUCAUUCUCAAGAAUAUACUCUUUUGUUAAUUGAGCUAUGAGUUCAUAAGUUUUCUAUAUCUUUUUGAUUCUUUUAUUGCAAAUUGCUGGAUUUUCAUCUUGAAUCAGUUUAAUUGGAUGGAGUUGAUGGUUUAAGCAAUACGUUUUGUGGGUUUGAAAUACAAAUAGAAAAUAAAAUUGAAGA